CGUACAGCACUUAACAUUGGAGCAAACUUCCUAAUCUCAAAAUCUAUCCUUACAGAUAUGCGACCGAUAUAUGUAGCGAUAAGCCUCAUAAACCGAGCCUCUUACUACUAGACUACUCACAGGUCCGACGAUUGGAACUCCCGCCAGCCAUGGCCGAGCCACCAAAUGGAAAGGGCAUAGUAGGCCGCGUACGGGGGGCCUCUAUCUCUCUCAUGAACACCAACCCCCAAUUGGGCAUGUGGCAGGCGACCGGCACGGUAAUCGCACAAGCACCUAAUCUCACCGAACUGCGCCUACCGGAAGAGGCUGGAGGCAUCGACUUCAAUUCGCAAGGACACUCCGCUCUCACGGCGGUGAGAGAGCCGGACGGUCAACUAGUCCCGGUCCGCACGGUCACGACGUUGAGUUCUCAGCCAACAGCGGAUGUGAGUCCCGUGCCAGAGUUCGGGGAGCAGGGCGCGCCGCGUCCGAAACGGCAGCGGACUCUGCUUGAACAGGUCAGCGAGGAACCGAAGAAGCCAUGGGGACCGACAAUCGUCAAUGGUCUUAGGGCGUUAUGGAAGUUCAUUUGCACGCCAGCUGGCUUCUGCAUAUUGGUUUAUUUUCUUAAUAUAGUGGCAUGGGGAGCUAUGCUUUUCUUCCUUUUAUUAAAGGCAGCGCCAGCUAUGAAUUACCCAACUGCCGACGACGACAAUUCCCCCAGGAAGAAAUGGCUUGAGAUUGACAGCCAGAUCCUCAACGCCUUGUUCUGCGUUACUGGGUUCGGUCUAGCGCCCUGGCGCUUCCGGGACUUGUACUUCUUCAUUCGUGCAACGUGCUGUCACGACAAAGUCGCUAUGGGGAAACUAGGUGCUCAGAAUAAGGGGUGGUUUCGUCCUCCCCUCUGGGCCCGCAAGGACGAGGAGUGCCCGGCAGAUAUGGUGCAGGACGACAGCCGUCGAAGUAUUGAGUCGUCGGAGAAGCCAGCGACGACGUUCACAGGCAACGUGGCGCCUCCCACAGCACUUUGGAAGUUGGCGUUCACCAUAAUCAUGAUGGUCUUCAAUACCUUGUUCCAAGUAGCCUUGUCAUAUUUCAUGUGGGCAUACAACCGACUUGAUCGCCCCACUUGGGCUACGGGAACCUUUAUAGGACUGGGUUGUGGCGUUUCGAUGUUAGCAGGUCUCAUGUCGUGGUGGGAGGGGCGAAAGGUGAAGAAGAUCGAGGGGCCGGAGCUUAAGAUCAUCGAUCAAGUAUGAUCCAGGAAAUAUAAGAGGUAAUCGUAAUAAUAAUGAAUAUCUGA